AGCAAUGUUGCUGUGGAGACAAUUUUAUUGCACAUAUCAAGUAAAAUUGUGGUCAAAGUCUCGCUUAAUCUUCAAUAGAAGUUACAGCAGCUCUGCACCCAGCACAAAAUUAUACAUUGAUGGACAGUUUGUUGAAUCCAAGACUAACAAUUGGAUUGAACUAACAAACCCCGCAACUAAUGAAGUUAUAGGCAGAGUCCCAGAAACAACUAAGGAAGAAUUAAAUACAGCGCUAGAGGCGGCCAAGAAAGCAUACAAAACAUGGAGCCAGAGCACUGUCAUGACACGCCAGCAACUUAUGUUCAAGUUUGCAAGAUUACUCCGAGAGAAUCAAAGCAAAUUAGCAGCAAAGAUCACAGAAGAGCAAGGCAAGACGACAGCUGACGCUGAAGGAGAUGUUCUCAGGGGCAUUCAAUUGGUAGAGCAUUGUUGCAGCAUCACAUCGCUGCAGCUUGGAGACUGCAUACAGAACAUAGCAAAAGACAUGGACACGCACAGCUACAAAGUUCCACUCGGAGUUGUUGGCGGCGUUGCUGCAUUCAACUUCCCGGUGAUGAUCCCCCUGUGGAUGUUCCCUCCGGCGCUGGUGACAGGCAACACCUGCCUGGUGAAGCCCUCCGAGCAGGACCCCGGUGCCACCCUCAUGAUGAUGGAGCUGCUGCAGGAGGCCGGCGCUCCCCCCGGUGUUGUAAAUGUGAUCCAUGGCACCCAUGAUCCGGUGAACUUCAUCUGUGACCAUCCUGACAUCAAGGCUGUAUCCUUUGUGGGUGGAGACGGAGCUGGCAAACACAUCUACACCAGGGCUUCUGCAGCCGGUAAACGUGUGCAGAGUAACAUGGGCGCUAAGAAUCAUGGUGUGAUCUUGCCCGAUGCCAACAAGGAGCAUACACUGAACCAGCUCACCGGUGCAGCAUUUGGUGCAGCCGGACAGCGCUGUAUGGCACUCAGCACUGCUGUCUUUGUUGGUGAAGCUAAAGAAUGGAUACCCGACUUGGUGAACCGCGCACAAGCACUAAAGGUGAACGCGGGCCAUGUGCCCGGCACUGACGUUGGUCCUGUCAUCUCCAUUAAGGCUAAAGAACGAAUCAUUCGACUCGUUGAUUCAGGAGUCAAAGAUGGCGCCAAACUGGUACUCGAUGGUCGAGGUAUUAAAGUAUCGGGCUUCGAAAAGGGCAACUUUGUCGGACCAACCAUUCUUACUGACGUCAAACCUAACAUGGAAUGCUAUAAAGAAGAGAUAUUUGGUCCAGUUUUAAUCUGUCUGUUUGUAGAUACUUUAGAUGAUGCCAUACAAAUGAUUAAUUCUAAUCCUUACGGUAAUGGUACAGCUAUAUUUACAACCAAUGGUGCAGCUGCUAGGAAAUUCUCCGCUGAAAUUGAUGUGGGACAAGUUGGAGUGAAUGUACCAAUUCCUGUACCACUAUCUAUGUUCUCCUUUACCGGUACUAGAGGCAGUUUCCUUGGUACGAACCACUUCUGUGGUAAACAAGGUAUAGAUUUCUAUACGGAAUUGAAGACUGUGGUUUCCUUCUGGAGACAAAGUGAUGUGUCUCAUACUAAAGCAGCCGUUUCUAUGCCAACACAACAGUAAAGAAAGGUUGCAUUGAAAGUAUAUAAAAAUGUAUUUUCUGAGUCUUAUUUUAAAUAUUAUAAAGAGGGUUUAA